AGAUCAUUCUUCAAUAUAAAACAGAUUCAUCCAGUUCCCUAUAUGCUUGUCCCUGAACAGAAUGGUUUUGAGAGUGAGCUAGAAGAAUGGAUGAAAACCAUAGAAGGAUCAUUAGCAGGAGAUCAAAAAAUUAAAAGAACUCGAAGGCAUCUUCUUCGGGAGGAUUCAGCCGCAGAGAUACAGGCACAGAGGCUGGAGCAGAGCCAGAUGUGAUAUGAACAGGACAGAGAGAGAACAGAACAGCAGACUUGCAAUGGAUAAUGAGAGCUACCUGAUGGACUCUUAUACUACUGUUGAUGGGGAGACGGCGUACUCCGAGGAUCAAGGAGGCUUGCAGAUUCUCUGUGAGGAUAAUUUGCAGGUGUCUGGGGCCAACUUGACUGUUGUAUUUUUCUUUCUGAUCUUUAUUCUUAGUUUAGCAGGUAAUGGAUUAGUUUUGUGCACUAUUUUGAAAUAUGAGAACUUAACAAAGGUAACCAAUAUUUUGAUAAUCAAUUUGGCUAUUUCCGACUUAGUAUUUGCUUUCUCUCUGCCCUUCUGGGCAGUCUCCAUUUAUCAUCACUGGAUCUUUGGGAGGUCCUUGUGUAAGAUCCUUAGUGGUGUAUACUUUAUUGGUUUUUACAGCUGCAUGAUGUUUCUCACACUGAUGACUGUUGAUCGCUACUUGGUGGUGGUGCAUGCAAUAUCUAUAGCAAAGCGACGGAGAGCCUGCUAUGCCUGGCUGAUAACAUCCAUUAUUUGGCUAAUCAGCAUGAUGGCUUCCAUCCCUGAAAUGCUAGCCUCAGAUGUUUUGGAAUAUGGAGAAGAAAACAUAAUGUGUGAAAGUAUUAAUGAGACAAAUAAGUCUACUUCACUAUUAGGAUAUUAUCUGCAAAUUACCUUUUUUUUUCUGUUCCCAUUUGCUAUCAUUGUCUAUUGUUACUGCAGGAUUUUAAAAACACUUGUUACCUGUAAAACAAAAAAGAAACACAAGGCAGUGAAACUCAUAUUUUCUGUUGUUAUUGUCUUCUUCCUGUGUUGGACACCCUAUAACGUAAUCCUUUUCAUCAUGUCCCUGCAAGAGUUUGAAUUUUCUUUCCUGAAAGAAUGCAAUGUCCUGAAGAAACUGAACUAUUCUUUUUACAUUUGUCGUAACCUUGCCUAUUUCCACUGCUGCCUCAAUCCCUUUUUCUAUGUCUUUGUUGGAGUCAAGUUCAGACAACAUUUGAAAUCUCUGCUCUACAGUAUCUGCUAUGGGCAAAGAAAGAGGAUUCGCAGCCUAAGCUCUCAAAACAGCUCAGUGCGCAGCUCAACGCUGGUAGCCGACACAACAUUGACCAUUUUCAGAAUGCACAGCAGAACAGAAUGAAAUAGACAAUAACCUGGCAUACUGCUUAAAGAUUAUGAAGGCUCUUUUUAAAUGAUGGUGUAACUGAAAUGAUUCCGUAUACAACAGCUGUCUUUUUGAACUUUGCAAAAUGAUUUUACAUGAUUGACAUCUCUUCGCUGGGUAAAACUUUAGGUAUUGCAAAAAUGCAUCUAUUACUUUUAUCCUGUUAUAUAAAAUGACCUUAAUAAAGGCUUCUUCUGGUUCAGUGACACUUACAAUGCACCAGUAAAGUGUUUUUUUCAAUGUGGCCAAGUAAAAUAACUUUGCUUUCUUUAGAAUGUUCACAGGUGAGACAUGUUUCUCUUGCUAUUGAAUACUUCAGCAUAAGACCCGUGAAUCCUUAAGUAAUGCUAAAUAAGAGCAAAGGCAGCCCCCAUAUUCCUAGUUUUACCCGUGUUUCAAAGGCUCUUAAUAUGCCACACUGCACAGAGAUGAAUAACCACCUCAUUGGUGCUUUGUAAAUGUUAUUAAGACCAAACAGAGCCUUUCAUAAGUUGCUUAUUAUAGAACAGUAUGUGGCUAAUAGAUGGAUUUUUGCAGUACCUAAACUAAAGUCUUACCCUUUAUUGCUUUAAGAUUCUCAACCAUCAGCAUGGCAAUGAUAAUGCCUAUUAA